GUGAAACUAAAAUGAAAAUGGACUUGAGGGGAAAACCAGUGAUCUCUCCACACUAGAGUCUGAGUGUUAUCAGCAGCUCAGAGAAGAACCUGUCAGCAGAAGAGAAACAAACACCAUGACCGACUUUUCUACCAUUUAUAAACUCUGCCUGCUCACUGUCACCUGCUGCCUCCAAGCCAGCAGCAGCAGCAGCAGCAGGUGUCCGGCGGUGGAGUGCUGGUUAGUCCAGGACCAUGUGGGUCGUAGAGGAGCCACGACCCAGGAGAAGUCUCUGCUUCAUAUCAGCACAGACGCAAACAGCCGAGACGCAGCGUCAGAACAGAUUCCCUCCGACAUCGACCUGGACACAGUCUUCUUUAUUACAGACCCGGCUGCCACGCUCUGCCACCAGUCCCUCAGCCCCCCCACCAGAGGCUCGGUGCAGAAGGCCCAGUGUGAGAUCAGCCCCUUCCUGCAUCAGCCCUCCACUCUCCAAUGGGUUGCUCCACUCACAGUCUCUGGCUCCAGCCCCGUGUACCUGCAAGCUGAUUGGUUCUCGGCUGCGCUGCUGGGGCUCAACAAACAGCUGGUCAUUUCCAGCAUCAUGCGGGCUCCCACGGGAACCAAAGACUCAAAUGUGAUCCUGAGUGUCAGCAGUAGAACCGUCUCAGUGCAGGCCCGGCUCGGGGAGCCAGUGCUGCUGGACUGUGGUUUCUGGGUCGAUCCUUCCUCGCCUCUGUCCGGCUCGGGUUUCGCCGUCGAGUGGCGUUACCAGUUCAGAGGCAAAGGACGACUGGUUCUGGCUUACGACGGCAAGACAGACCGUGUGGCCGACACCCAGGAGGAAGGGGCCUCACUGGACUUUGAGGGUUUGCACCAGAAAGGAAAUGCGUCCCUGAUCCUGCAGGAGACCAAAGUGCGUCACUCCGGGACGUAUAUCUGCACCGUGCAUCUGCCGUACCUCCAGGCUCAGGUGUUGAUGGAGCUGGAGAUCGUGGAACCUCCAUCCCUCUCCAUCCACCCCUCCCCUCUGCCCCUCGCUGUUCCCGGACAGACUCUGGUUGUUCAGUGUGAAGCGUCCGGCUUCGCCCCGCUCUCCCUGGAGCUGAGCUGGGAGUUCAAAGGUGCAGAUGGGAAGUCCAGACCUCUGGAUUCAGCCAGUGUAACGGGCCACAGGCAGGCGUGGGAUGGCACCUACAGCCAGAGUGCCCGGCUGGAGCUGGACACCUCUAGCCUGGGCAUGGGGGGGGAGCUCACCUGUGUGGCCGUCCACCCUGGAGGCACACGACGGGCCAGCACGUCCCUCAGUGUCAUCGGAUUCAGUUCUCCGUCUAUCGAGGACUCGAUGGCGAUGGUUGGUGUGGCGCUCGUGCUCUACGGUCUCAUCAAGUUCGUCUCCUGGACCAUUUCCAGCUCAGGCACUGAUGGUGCAGAUAAAGUGGAAAAGAAAGAGAAGUAAAGAAGUCGACUGAGGAGUGACACUGAGCCACCAGCACCAACCGUCUGCUUUGAAAACUCUGGAGCGAUGUUUUAUUUUUCUUUCAGACAGUUAUGUCGAGCUUAGCGAUAAAUCUGUGUGAACAUUAGUUUUUAGAGGGUUUCUUUCUACAGAUCUUGCUGGACGCCUUCUUGAGCUUUAUUUAAUUCUGUUUGAACUAUUUUCACAUUAUACAAUUUUGGGCAAAAGUAAUAAGAGGUAGGAAUCUGGUACGUUUGAAAGGAAAUGGGUUUCUGCUCAUUUAAAAAAAUCCUGUUGUAUUAUUCUCCUGUAAAGUGACGUAUUGUUGGAAACUGGAUCAUUUUACAAACACUGGAAAUAGAACAACAAAUAUGUGUGAUGAUGUUCCCUCUAAAACAAUGAUCACCACUGAGAAGGAAACAGCUGAGUGUCUGCGCAUGUGCGUGUGUGUGUGCGGUAAAGUGGGAGCUAGAGCGUGCCACCACCAACCAAAAAGUCGGUGGGUCGAUCCCCGGCUGCUCAGAAGUGUCUUUGAUCAGGAUACUGAACUGAGCUUCCCCCUGUUGUGCUGCGCUGGCAAUGUGACUGAUGUGUGUGUAGCAGUGCAGUUUGAAUGUGUGUGUGAGUGUGUUGUCAGUGGUCAGUUAGAUUAGAAAAGCCCUCUUUAUACAAAUGGUCCAUUUAAUGUUAGACGAAAACUUUCCAAACUUAAUCUGGUUUUGUUUAAAAGAAACGUGACGAAUUCUGAUAUUUAUAAUUUGUGUGUUAUUUCGGUUUUGUCAUCACAUGUUGCUUUUUAGUUUCACUGUGUGUUAGUGAGUGUGUGUCUGUCAUUCAGACUAAUGUAGGAAUGAUGCUUUAUCUAUUAGAAAAUAAAAUGUACUUAGAAAGGAGAAGAUAAUGGCACAAACAGAUAAUGCUGGUGGAUGAAAAAUAAAGAAUUUGGAACAAUUUAAA